GGGGUACGCAGGAAUACAUAGGUAGCUUGUAGCACUGCGGAAAACCGACGGUUGAUGUGCUACGAUGGAUCGUAUGGACUCGAAGCACAACUUUGAUCUCGAACGGAAGAAGUCCGGCGGGUGACGUCCCUUAUUGCACCAUCAGCAUGUGAAUUAACCCACCCCCCUUCCCGGAGGCAUCGGCUGUCUGUUUGUCUCUGUGGUCUUGAUGCGAACUUUGGUCAGACUUGAGAUUGACAAUACAGACACAGCUCGCUGCAGUGACUUGCGGCCACACUCAGAGAUGGCAACUUCCGCUCCAAGGGUCCUGGUCCUGGGCGGCCAUGGGAAAGUCUCUCUUCUUCUGCAGCCGAUGUUGCUCGCAAAGAGUUGGCACGUCACCAGCCUGGUGCGGAAUCCCGAGCAUGAGGCCGAGAUCCUCGCUCUGGGAAAAGAUAAGCCCGGUAAAAUCGACGUGCUAGUGGAUAGUCUGGAAGAUGUCCAGGAACCAGCUCAAGCCCAACGGGUGCUGGACAAGGUCAACCCGGACAUUGUGGUGUGGUCUGCCGGUGCCGGCGGAAAAGGAGGCCCCUCCCGGACCCGGGCUGUUGACAUGAUUGCGGCCAAGGCGUACAUAAGUGCUUCGCUGGCAACACCCAGCAUUUCGAAGUUCCUCAUGGUUUCCUACAUCGCCUCUCGUCGAGGCUAUGCGCCCUGGUGGACGGACGAGGACAGAAAGGCGGCAGACCACGUCAAUCACAAUGUUCUUCCGCACUACUACCAGGCCAAAGUGGAGGCCGACGAGCACCUUGAGGCUUUGGCGAAGAAGCGCUGGGACAGUGGCGAUAGGAAGUUCCAAGCCAUCAACCUCCGACCGGGGACGUUGACGGAUGCGCCCGGAACACGCCGAGUUACUCUGGGCAAGACGCCUGCCCGCGGGAGUGUCCCUCGUGAAGAUGUGGCCGCUGUUGCCGCUGCCCUCCUGGCAAGAGACGACACACGGGGCUGGUUUGACUUGAUUGAGGGCGAGGUGCCAAUCGAGGAGGCCAUCGACCAGCUGGUGAAGAGUGGCUUUGAUGGGUUGGCCGGAGAAGACUUGGAACGCAUCCAUGCGAGGUCAACGUGAACAAAGGUAUCUACAGCCUCCGAAGCUGCACAAUGACAAUCGCCUGAACAGAUACCGGAGGGCGCCAUUGCCGGAUUGAAAUACUAGUAUAGGUAUUUACUAAUAGUAAUGGGUAUGUAGCCGGGACAGGUCAUGGAAUCUCAGCCUUGCCAGUCGUCGCCAAUUCGAACAGCAACAGCAAAUUCUUGUCGCGGUCAUGUCGCUGUCUCCGUGAUGGACGUCGUUAUUAAUCUUACUAUCGCUUUGUCAAUAUGCUUCCCCGCCUACUAGUAGUAUUGGAGGUAGUCAGCUACCUGCUUUGGUAGGUUCCCUGGUACUGCUUCCGAGUUUGCCAUGCUUGUUUUAUCUGGCAUGCCAUUGCUCAGGCCAGGUCUGGAAGUAGAGGCUGGAACGACUGCUUGAGAGCACCUUCAGCUUCCUACGGACACACGCUUGCUCAGACCACGCUGCCUGAUUCUGGACGGCUAUCGAUGCUGGUUCAUUCUCCCCUUCAAAAUGCAUGCUCAUCGAAGGGCCCUGUCGCCGCCCAUGCUGGUUGAAAACAGGUCGUGGAUGCGCGCCAGUGUCCUCUUCAACUCGGCGGGCGCCCUUUGCCUCCUGAACCAGCCUUGCCUUUGGCUUUCGUUUCGACGUCGCUGUUAACGCCACUAUCUGUCCCUGCAGUCCGCUUCUUGGCUCUCAGUGUCUGGCCUUGUCCCUGGAACCGUGGCUUCACCUCAUCAGGCGGCACAGGCUCACCAUUUUCAUUCCGCUUCCGCAAGGGCUUGAUCUCGAAGCCAAAAAAGAGCUUGUUCGGUGGUAGCCGGAGUGGCUGGGGUCCAUUACCGCGACGCGGGAGUGCCGCUGCCGGAGCAUUAGUGGACGCACCUGCAACAGGGGUAGAAGCAUUCGGUGUUGGGGCUUUGGAGCCCUUCUUGGAAUUGAGUUUGUGCCCGCCAUAAAGGAAGUUCGAUGAAACCGCCCGCGCGCCGGCCUCGGCAGUCGUUGAUGAAGGCGCAAUGCUUGCGUAGUUGAUCGACUGGGCCAUUGUUCCUUGAAAGUGGAUGGGGCCUCCAUGAGGCUUUCCAACACCGCUUCUUGGGGUGCUGGUGCCACUCGUCCGCUCUGGGGGGACAUAACCGACUGGCGGCGCGAAAUCGACUUCCAGAUCCGUUUCCAUUGUCACAAUGGCAUGCGACUCCGUGUCCGGUCUAAUCUCCAGCACAGCAAUAUCGUACGUUUGAUCAUUGUAUUCAAAGGUAAAAACGUCGCCUUUGGUGAGACAGGAGAAAUUUCGGAAGGCGUUUUCGAGUACAGCUCUGGGGUCGGAAAUGUCUAGGAAAGCGGGUGACUGAGGUUGUAGUUUGAUAAACUUUCCGGGUGGCAGGUCGGUCGAUUUGAUCUGUACAAGAUCUCCCGGGUCGAGCUCGAGAGUUCUCAUUAACUGCGCCCAAGUCAUCAGCAAGGUCCGCGGGGCAACGGCCAGAGGCAUACCCAUUGCGGCAAGUAUAUUCUCCCUUCUUCUGCUAUGAAUUCCAGAA